AUCUGCAGCUGUGGAAUAAUUCCGGUAGACAGCAGUCGACACAGCAGGUGUAAUGUGUAUGGAUUUUGUUUUGCACCUUGCUCGAUUGGUUGGUCGGUUGCUGAUGGAUCAAUAAAUGAAGAAAUGUCCCAUUUCUCAAGGCUCAGCUCAGUCGAACAAUCGGACAGUAUUUAAGUGAUAAGCAUUAGGCAAACAACAAGACGAAGAGUGUAUAGUGAUAGUCAUUAGUCAUAGAUGAAGUCUGUCGUCACUCGUCUUCAGACUUCAUCGUGAAAUAAUCUUAGUGACAAUUACGUUUUACAUUGUUAUUAAGAUUUAAUUAAUACAUAAUAAUAAUAACACUAGCAAUAGUUGAAAAGAUUUCGCCAUCGAUACUUUUCGUCCUUUUUAAUUCGAGUCUCGUUGUUUGAUAUUAUGUGACCUGUGUUAUAUUAACUUAACAGCCGAAUAUCACCUAUACCCAUACAAAUUUCUAUUUACUAGUCAGUUAUGAAUCAACUUUGUUCGAAUUCAUUGUUUGACUUGUCAUUACACAAACUAUGUGCUUCUAUGAAUGAAGAUGAUUUACACAAUGUUUUGAACAGUUGCUCACCGUAUAUAACACUACAAGUUGUUUGGAAGGUUUUGGGAGUAAAGGACGACUUUGAUCUAAAUGGCUUAGUUAGCUAUAGAUCUCCUAAUGAAAAUUUAGUAACAGUUCAUCGAGGCCGUGCACUUGUUCAACCGACCAAUCCAUACCCACCAAGGACCUUGUUCCCUCCACGCGUAACGGUGCUGAAUCGAAAUGAUAUCAGACACAAACAAACGAAAUUUAAAGACAAACUUAAUUUCUGUAAUCAUUUUGAUUUAAAUUUGUUUUUCAAAUUACUUAAGGAUACUGCUCAUAGAUGUCGACUCUAUACAAUAUUUCAGAUUUGUAUACAAAAAAAAGGCUUUGAAUUUCCUAUGAAGUUUGCUAUGCAAUGGAUAAGUGACAAUGUCGAACAAGAAAGUGCAAACUGUUUGCAUCAUAUUGAUCAAGGCCUUCAACUCGGUAUAUUUCUCGGCGAUAGCGGUUGGUUUAAAGAGAGUGCUCUUGUUUUGUCCUGCACAUAUGAAUUGAUUUCUAAAAACUGGGAUUGCUCUAGCCAAACUUUGGUGUUGACUAAGACUCUACAAUGCCUGACCAAAUGGUUACUGGUGACAUCGAAUUUCUACGAUUUGGACGAAGCCAAAGAAGUGCUACAACAUAUUUUGAUUAUGAUUGACAUCGUUGAAAACAGUGAUAAAAAAAAAUUGUGUAUCGCUUAUUCUUAUGUUGCUGUCUCACAGUACUAUUAUCAACUAAUGGAGUUUGGAGAGGCUUGGUUGUGGGCAGUCAAAGCUGUUUAUGGACUCACAGAGAGGAGCAGCGAAGUGCUGAAACUUCAAGUUAUCAGUCAUGCCAUACGGGUUUGCUCUGCCGCAAACAAGUUGAACACGGCUAAAGAAUUGAUCCAGGAAGUUCACAAGAUCGACGGUUACAUCGAGCAGUAUAUUUGCGUUGAUAUGCUACUCAAUGAAGCCUGCUACACGUUGAGGGCUGAUUUGGCUAAAACCAGUAUAGACAGUUACUAUAUGGCGCUAGACUGUCGAAGAAACUUGUUUGGUUAUUUCAACUUGCAAACAGCAACAGUUUUUGUCGACUAUGCGUAUGCUCGUUACGUUUGUGAUUAUGAAACGUGUGAUUUUGAAGAAGCUAUGUGUUGCGUGUUGCAAGGCAUUUAUAUUAUGGAGGUUAUCGGUUUGCCAGACGAUCAUAUGUUGGUAGUAAACGCUGGCCGAGUAAAGGCUCUAAUUUUGGAAGAAAAAGCAUUGUCAAUAAUUGAUCUCGAAUUAGACAAUGAUAUUUCGAGACGAGUAAAACAAGAUAUGCUAAAUGAAGCUGAGACCCUUCACAAUAAUGCUUUAAACACAUCGUUGAGAGCAGUCGGAGAAUCAAAUCUUCUUACAGCCAAACAUUAUUGUAAUUUGGGCAGACUUUAUCAGACUAAAGAAGAUUACAAUCUCUCUGAAGAAAUGCACAAAAGGGCUAUAGCGAUCAAAGAAUCCAUAUUGGGCAGAGACAAUCCCGAAGUGGCCCUGUCGUUAGGCCACCUCGCUAGUUUGUAUACUUACCAAUUGGAAAAUUAUCUAGAAGCCGAACACCUCUACUUGCGAUCAAAAGCCAUUUAUGAAACUAGUUUCGGUAACCAAUACACGGGAAUAUUGUACGAUCUUCAAGGGUUAGCACGGGUUUAUGAGAAACGUUACAAUUUGCCCAGGUACUCACAGUGCUUAACAUCUAUUCGACAAUUCCACGCUAAUCGUGAAGCGUGGCUCGAAAGAUUAGCAUCGUCAGAGGUAUCGACCGUCAGCGACAGAUCUACCAGUUGUAAUAUGGACGCCAUAAAAUCCAUACUCGAUGACGGUUUUCUGUGAAAAGCAUUAUAGAUAAUUAUAUUUAAGUAAGUGUAGUAUAAUAUGCAUAAAGAAAAAAAAAGGAAUUGCUUAACAUUUAGCUAUCAUCUAUCGUCAUUUAUUUAUUAAGUUACUCGACCCAUGUUAUCCUAUUGUGGUUUAGUAAGAUGAUCAUUUAUGAAUAUUGUAAUUUUUACUAAUCAUAGUAGGACGUAAUAAAUGUAAUCGGACUAGGUCUUAUCUUGUAAUCUCCGCUAUGUUACUUUUAUUCGGCCAAAAUCGUUAAACGCAAAAAAUAUUUAUUAGUUUUUAUAUUUUAUGUCUUGUUACGAUUAUUUUUAUCUAUAAUUUAUUCUAUUUCGAACUGUAUAGGUGUCAUUAAAUGUGUUUUUUUUUUUUACUUGUAAUUUAUGUUAACGAUAAAUCUUUUGAAAAAAUAAUUUUUUUUGUUUUUUUUAUAUUUAAGUGUCCUAUUUCUUGCAAACUUUUUUUAAAAGUAAAAUUUAAGGGUAGUGGUAACUGUUUCUUGUGUUUAUGGAUAGCAUAAGGAAAAAUAAAUAAAUUAUAUAGGUAUACACUAUCAUAUAGUAAUUAUACUCGUUAAUAGUAUAAAAAUACUUAUUUGACGUUAACUAGAUGAUUUUUAUCUUUAGGUUAUUAAAAAACAAAUUGUUUCAAAUAACUGUUUUAAUGUUUUUUGAACUUAUCAAUUAUUAUUAUUACUUAAGUGUAUAAAGUAAUUAUAAAACCAUUGGGUUUAUAUUAUUUUAUUCCGA